UCGAACUUAUUUCCCUUCACCUAAUUCCGAUAAGAUAAAGUUAGGAGGCUAUAACGGUUGAUUUGGACAGCCAGGAGCUGAGAGCACGAGCGGCUAGCAGCAUCUUCGGGUUGCUAGGCUAAGCUGCUCGUCAUGUUUAUUUUAGUGCGAAUGAGCGCGACAUGAUUAUGGCAUGAAAGCGCUGAUGUGGUUGUGGAAAGACGAGUUUUUCAUCUAAAGGUUGCAGCAAACAGGUGAAACCUUUGCUUCCUAAAAAAAAAAGAAAAAAAAGGACCCACAUCGCAGCGUCAGCAUGGCGUGGGCUCUGAAGCUGCCCCUCACGGAUGAAGUGAUCGAGUCCGGACUUGUCCAGGACUUUGAUGCCAGUCUCUCCGGGAUAGGACAGGAGCUUGGUGCGGGGGCGUACAGUAUGAGCGACGUGCUCGCCCUCCCCAUCUUCAAACAGGAGGAGUCCAACUUGCCUCCAGAAUCUGAAAACAAGAUCCUUCCCUUUCAGUAUGUUUUGUGUGCACCUACCUCGCCAGCCAUUAAACUGCAUGACGAAACACUCACCUACCUCAACCAAGGGCAGUCCUAUGAAAUUAGAAUGCUUGAUAAUCGCAAGAUCGGGGAACUUCCGGAAAUCACUGGGAAAAUGGUGAAGAGCAUUAUCCGCGUGGUGUUUCAUGACCGGCGGCUUCAGUAUACAGAACACCAACAGCUGGAGGGCUGGCGCUGGAACAGACCUGGGGAUCGGAUUCUUGAUUUGGAUAUCCCCAUGUCAGUAGGAAUAGUCGACCCCAGGGCUAACCCCACUCAGCUUAACACUGUGGAGUUCCUUUGGGACCCCUCAAAAAGAACGUCUGUCUUCAUCCAGGUUCACUGCAUAAGCACAGAGUUCACCAUGCGCAAGCACGGAGGAGAGAAAGGCGUCCCUUUCCGCAUCCAGAUCGACACGUUUAAAGAGAACGAGAAUGGAGAGUACACAGAGCAUCUCCACUCUGCAUCCUGCCAGGUCAAAGUUUUCAAGCCCAAAGGUGCAGACAGAAAGCAAAAGACAGACCGAGAGAAGAUGGAAAAGAGGGCGCCGCAGGAGAAGGAAAAAUAUCAGCCCUCUUAUGAAACUACAAUUUUGACUGAGUGCUCUCCUUGGCCUGAGAUUACCUACGUCAACAACUCGCCAUCUCCUGGCUUCAACAGCACACACAACAGCUUCCCAGUGGCUGAAGGCAAUGGAUCACCAAACCACCAGCCUGAGCCUGUUGUUCAGGUUGCAGAUAAUUUGUUACCCACAGCGACACCACAGGAAGCGCAGCAGUGGCUUCAUAGAAACCGCUUCUCUCCUUUCUGUCGGCUCUUCACCAACUUCUCAGGGGCAGACCUGCUUAAGCUAACCAGAGAGGAUGUCAUUCAGAUUUGUGGCCCAGCAGAUGGUAUCAGACUCUUCAAUGCGCUAAAGGGAAGGGUUGUUCGUCCCAGGCUGACCAUCUACGUUUGCCAGGAGUCCCAACAGACUCGGGAACACCAACCAAAGCAUGAAAAUGGAGAAGCUGCUGCCAAUACUUUCUUUGUUUAUCACGCCAUUUACCUGGAGGAACUCACAGCCACCGAGCUCACAGAGAAGCUCGCCCAGCUCUUUAGCAUCUCACCCAGACAGAUAAAUCAGAUCUUUAAGCAGGGCCCAACUGGUAUCCAUGUUCUGGUCAGCGAUGAGAUGAUUCAGAACUUCCAAGAUGAAGUAUGUUUUGUUUUGGACACGAUGAAAGACAACACAAGCGAUGGCUACCACAUCAUCUUAAAGUGAUUUCUCUGGCGAAGAACCGUCUGACCUUGUUGAAUUAUUUAGACCUGCUGCAGUCUGCCACACUAGGCGUUCAUACUCCUCGCUGUUGUAGGAUUAUAUGAAGUUAUCCUCAGCAACCCCUUGUGGCAGCUAGAAGGCCGAUGCGUGUGAUGCACCUUGGUCCUCUCCCCCACUGUACCUUAAGGUCCUUCUUUUAAAGGAGUGACUCUUUUAACAGUGUAGUGAGAGUCUCUCUCUUUCCCAUCAUCUCAAAUGUACCUUUCUUUCUGCCGCUUAUGUUUCAGGUAGAGCUUUGUGGCACUGAAACAGCUGCUUUCAGAUGUACAGCUGGUGUGCCAAAGCUUCCAGCUUUAAAACCAUUUUGUUGCCUGGUGCUGACAGCACCUGGCAUUCGUUGUGUUCAAUACUCAGAUGCCUUCCAUUAUUAGGCCAGUCUGCAGGAAACCUGUCAUAUCUAAAACAACACCCAGGAAGUUAAGGGAAACUGCUUGAACCUGGCAGUCUUUUAGAUCAUCUGAUUCCUUAUUAACUGUUACUUAGAGAUAAGAG